CAAUCUCCAUCUCAACGAAGAAAAGGAGCGGCCGAAUCUCCAGCCCCACGAUCUCCCCACGCGCACCCACCAACGACCCCCGUCCCCAAAAACCCUACGCCGCGCAAACCCUAGCCGCCGCCUCAGCAAUGGCCGGCCUCCUGCGGCUCGCCGGCGCCGCCAGAUCCUUCUCCCGCGCGCUGGCCCCGGCCGCGCCGCACCACCGCAGGCUCGCGGCAUCGGCGGCCGCCCUGGCGGAGGACGAUGCGUGCUGGACCGAGUGGGAGGAGGAGGAGGAGGAGGCGCGGCGGCAGCGCGCCCGCGCAUCGGCGCCCGCCGAGGAGUCUUGCCCGGCGGACGGCGGUCCCAGGGGCGUGCAGUGGGUGGUGAUGGGCCGCCCCGGCCCGCAGAAGCACGCCCACGCCGCGCGCCUCGCCGAGGUCCUCGCCGUGCCGUACAUCUCCAUGGGCACGCUCGUCAGGCAGGAGCUCAGCCCCACAUCCUCGCUCUACAAGAAGAUUGCUAAUUCGGUGAAUGAAGGGAAGCUUGUGCCAGAGGAUAUCAUAUUUGGGUUGCUGACUAAGCGUCUCGAGGAGGGAUACUACAAGGGUGAAAAUGGAUUUAUCCUUGACGGAAUCCCACGUACCCGUAUGCAAGCUGAGAUUCUUGAUGAGAUCGUUGACAUCGACUUGGUUCUGAACUUCAAAUGUGCUGAUAACUGUUUCAUGAAGAAGCGAUCUGGAGGCGACAUAUGUUCCCACUGUGGGCAGCAUUUUGGUGUCAGCAGUCCGGUGUCUAGGGAGCGUAAUCUCUCCCUUGGAAGCUCUACAUGGCCUGCUCAGGCACAACAUGCUUCUGUUAUAGGCCUGGAAAACCCAAGGAUGGAGAAGAUGCGUGCUUAUGCUGAGCAGACCAAGCAGCUGGAAGAUUACUACAAGAAGCACAGGAAACUUAUGGAGUUGAAGACAUCCGCUCGCCCUGGUGAAACCUGGCAGGGGCUCGUAGCUGCCCUUCACCUCCAGCAUCUAGACCCAUCCCCAACACCACACAAACUCACCGUGUAAUUAUCAUCCACUGAGUCUAAGGAUCUACAUUGUGAUCCUCACCUGCGACGUACGUAGUAUGUUUCUAUGUUUUGUGAGUUCUGGCUGAGGAGUCAGUCGGCUGUGGUGCUUUGGUCUUUAUUGGUUAUAGGUAUAAUGUAAGGCUCUGGUCUUUAUUGUUAUAGAUAAAAUGUAAGCGAUUUUGUAGACCCGCUUGCUUCUAUGUUUGUAACGGAGAGCUUUGAACUUGCAAGUGCAAGUGUGCGGUGUGCCAAGCUCCGCUGUGCUGUUGUUUUGAGUACCAGUUUUGAUCAAUAUAUAAGUUACCGUGAA